UCGACGGCGUGUGACAAACGUGAGUGAAAAUUUUGAAGUGAAUCGACAAGGUGUUUGUUUUGUGGUCGUUUUACAAUUUUAACGAAAUUAGCAAUUUCAGUUAUAUUUUCCAUAUAAACUCGCGAACGCAAGAAAAAAAAUUGAAAUGUCUGACAAACCAAAGCGUCCUCUUUCCGCAUAUAUUUUGUGGCUCAACAAUGCACGCGAGCAGAUUAAGCGCGAAAAUCCAGGCAUUAAAGUAACCGAAGUGGCGAAAAAAGGUGGAGAGUUAUGGCGUUCAAUGAAGGACAAGUCGGAAUGGGAAGCAAGGGCAGCUAAAGCCAAGGAAGAUUAUGAUAAAGCGGUGAGAGAAUUUGAGGCCAAUGGAGGCAGCUGCCGAAUUUAUAUUCAUAUAAUCAGCUGGAUUGAAAACACGUUUGCACAAAGUUUCAAGUCACUCACAUCAAAGAGAAAAAUGGGGGAAAAUUGUAACGCACGAAUUGCAUCCCGGUAGGAAAGCUCGCGCGGUUACCGACCACAACAAACUGGUGUAUCCACUACAUGGCUUAUUUCCAUAUGAACACGCAAAUCCGCGAGCAGACGCAGGCCUUAAAUCGUAGUUUUCGCAUAGUGAUUUAUGCGUUAUCGUUUUUCAAACAUUCUCCUUUAUGUACAAAAUAAUGUGGUUUACUUUCGCAGUUUUCUCAUUAAGGUUGUGCAAUUUAUUAUGUUUUGUAAUUUUAGAAAACUGGGAUAAAAAAUUUACAAAUUGUUGUAGUUGAAUGCCAAGAUAUAAUUACAAAAAUGGUUGAUAUGGGCUAAUUUAAUAAUUUCACUUUUCCCUAAUAUGGUUUUUGUACCAGUGAAAUAAAAUUUAUGUAAAUAGCAUUGUAAUGUAAUAUUUGUAUAUUAUAUUUUACACAAUAUUAAUGCUAAUGGAACAUCUGGGACCUAUGUUGUGGGUGCAUAAGUAUAAAGCGAAAUUCAAUAAAC